UGAAAGAAAAAGAAAAAGCCGAAGGAACCUGGGACAGGUAAAACGGCAGCUCCCCUCUUUGAACCCGGGCAUCCAAGGAAGAUGGCCGGGGAGUUUCCUGUGGACCUGCGCACCUGGCGGAAAGAGGGGGGCCAAGACAAGCCACCCCCUUCGCACGGAGACCCUCCUCUCGUCCCCUCGGCGGGCCACCAGGCGCCCCGCUGGGGGGCUACGACCGCGGGAGGAGCCACGGUGCCCCGGGAACCCGUAGCCAGGGAGGCUUCGCUGGGUCAGCCUGGACCCCGGCCCAGGACUCAAGACGCGGCUGCGACCCCCAAAGGUGGGCUGCCCGAGGAAAAGAAGCCCGAGAUGUAUUUACCUCUGAGGAAACGCCGUUACGCCAUGGAGGGAGCGAACGAGGACGCGCCGGGACCUCUGGCGGGCAAGGUGCCCAAGACGGAGAGUGAGCUGGAGGGGAAUGGAUCCCAGUCGCCCCACUGCAACGGCUACCGCCUCCCUUGUUAUGUCUCCAUGCCCUACCCCAGGGUAUCGGUGUCCUAUUAUUCAGGUCUGGCCAGCCCAUUUUUGAAUCCAGAACUCCCUUCCCUUUUGCAACCUUUGACCAGACCGUCCCUGCUGGGAAUCCUGCCUUCUUACCCAGAAUUCAUUCAUUCAUUGAUGCCCCCUGCAGAAACCCAGCUGGCUUUGGACAUUGCCACGGCAACGCAGCAAGAUGAAGAUGGAGACACCGGGUGCCGUUACCCAGAAAUGACCCGGAAAGAAAGAAAGAAAGAAAGAAAGAAAGAAAGAAAUAUUAAUAAUUCCAUGUAUUCUCUGGCGGUGAUCAAUCCCUUUUCUUACCCCCCCUUCCAGACUCCUUUACACUUGGCAGUUAUCAUAGCUCAGCCUUCCCUGGUGAAACUCCUACUGUCUCACGGAGCAUCUCCCAUGGUGCUGGACCGGCAUGGACAAUCUGCUCUCCAUCUGGCUUGUGAACACAGCAGCCUCCGGUGCCUGCAGGAGUUGUUGGAGGGAAAUCCAGCCACACUGGAUCUCGAGGCCCGGAAUUUCGAGGGUUUUACCCCGUUGCAUUUAGCUGUUGCAUCUUUAAAUCGUGACAUUGUUCUUGCUUUGCUGGAUCACGGGGCAGAUGUAGAUGCUGUGGAUAUAAAGAGUGGCCGAUCUCCACUACUUCAUGCUGUGGAGAACAAUAAUUUGGAUAUGGUGGAGUUGUUGCUACAGCAUGGCGCCAAUGUGAAUGCCCAAUCCUACGGGGGCAAUACAGCCCUCCACACAGCUAGCGGAAGGGGCCUGUUGGACAUGCUGCGGCUUCUGGUGAGGAACGGGGCGGACGGCAGCCUGAAAAAUUACCACAACGACACUGCCUUGACGAUAGCAAAGAACAAAAGGGUGAUUGACAUCCUGAAAGGAAAAGCUGUCCGGCCUAUCCCACACCCCGAAAACAGCCAUGAUGGAUCGUCCCCCACAGUCAGCGCUGGCAGCUCUCCAGGCCUUCGGACCCACAGCCACGUGCUCCACGCUUCACCUGACUCCUGCUCCACCAUCCCCAGCCCUGAUCACACGCCAAAGCCUCACAUAGCAGGCCACUCGCCCAACACAACCACUCUGAGGCCAGAAAGCAUUAUCGUGACGAAUGGACCUUCAACCUCUGCCCCGUUGCCUGGCGUGGAACUGGACAGAAGUUCCCAUUCAUCCACCCUAGAGCAGCCGAUGGGCUUUCCAAGAUCCUCCCAGGUUCUCCACCCCGAGAACAUGACCGAUCCUGCCUUUCACACUGCCCUGUACCCCUUUUCUCCUUCCAGCCCUCACGUCUCCUCCCAUCCUCUCCAGUUGCUUCCGAUAGGCCUGAACCAUCCGGUAGUAUCCAUGCCGCCAAGAACCCUGGCCAGUCGGAUGUCCAUGAGGUACCCAGGGAUGGACCAGUCACAAAGACUACUGGACUUGGAAGGCCAGGCGGUUCUUGGCUGCGAAGGGCAGUGGCUCCACAGCAGUGACGGUGGCCCUGGGGCCAGCUGACGAGAGGAAGUCCAGAGGCCUCCAGCAGCUUUGUGGGGCAGGAUGAUUUCUCAAGGGCCAUUUCACAAGGCAGAAGAAUGAGUCAAGGCGUUGCUGCCGCCGUGGGUUUCCAGCCUGACAUUUCUUCACGUUUGCUGCAGACUUGAAACUACCUUCCUUUUCAAAUUGACAUGUAGCAGAGCCCAGCACACUGAGAAUAUUAUCCACUGAAUAUAACUCCGCAUUGGCAACAGGGAGGGCAUCCGGCCAGUAAAAACUCAGCUCCAUUCAGUUGCCCAGAAUCUACCCCGCAAGGGAUUAUGGGGUUGUUAAAAGAUGAUGAUGUAGCAGAGCCCAGCCAGCCUGAGAUGACCCUUCAGGCGUCAAAAAAAAAAAAAAAAUCAACAGUGACCUUCUUGAUCCAGCGAUAUCUCCCUCUCUCCCAAUUUCUUUGAAUGUACCUCACACCACUAUCUGAGCAGAAUCUGGGUUGGACCAAUUUGGGGGUGAGUGAUGGCUCAGCGGUUAAAGACACAAGAGUUUGUCAGCUGAAAAAAAAACUGAGGGGUUCGAGACCUGCGCUCCAUACUACAGGGGUGAGUUCCUGUUCCUUGCUCCAGCUCCUGCCCACCUAGCCGUUCGAAAGCGUGCAAAUGCGAGUAGAUAAAUAGGUACCACUCCGGUGGGAAAAUAACAGCCUUCCAUGCACCUUUGUCGUUAUAGCUAUGCUGGCCCCGUGGCCAUGGAAAAUGUCUUCGGACAAUCCUGGUUCGCUCGGCCAAGAAACAGAGCUGGGCACCGUGCCCGAGAGUCAGACACGAAAUCUUUACCUUUUGUUCAGGGAUCAUGUUUUAGCUCCAAGGAAGAGGAGCUGUGAAAACUCAAAAUCCAAAGCCCAAUCCACUCCUCUAAGCUGAGGGCCGAAGGUGACUUUUUGACACAAUGCUGGAAGCGACGCUCGAGUGGGGUAAAAAAAAAGCAUCCAUUUGAACCAAUGGUGUUCUUUGUAUUUAAUAGGCAUUAAUUUAACUUGAGUGAAGUUAAUAUGGUCGCUCUGUGUGUAUUUAAGCCUUGUGGCUGUGUAUUGUGUUAGGGAUUGCAAUAUGAUGAUGGCACCUUCUUUGGGGUUUUGGGGGGUCUUGUUUACAGGUUGAAUUGUGUGCAGCGACAUGUGCAGGUGGGAUGAAGGAGGGUUGGAAGCCAUGAGGCUCUUCCCCAAGGCACCCCCAAAUCGCAGGAGUGUGCACAGGUAGUCCUCGAUGUAUGACUGCAAUUGAGCCCAAA